AUGGCAACUGAAUUUCAAAGCCUAUAUCAACAUUGCAAUCCUGAACAGUUGGAGGUUUACAAUGCUGUUCUCAGUUCUGUGGAGAAGAAGGAAGAAGGUCUUUUUUUUGUAUAUGGCUCCGGAGGAUGUGGUAAAACUUACGUCUGGAAGACAUUGAUUUACAAGCUCCGGUCACUUGGCCAGAUUCUUUUACCGGUGGCUUCAUCUGGAAUUGCUGCCACCCUAAUGCCAGGCGGUCGCACUGCACAUUCCCGCUUCAAAAUUCCUAUAAUGCUUGAUGACUAUUCCUCAUGUGCUAUAACUCAUGAUUCUAAUAUAGCUGAGCUGAUUAGAAAUACAAGUCUAAUCAUAUGGGAUGAAGCACCUAUGCAACAUAGGUACGCAUUUGAAUGUCUCGAUCGUUCUUUACGAGAUAUAAUGAAAUCUGUUGAUCCAAACAGAUACCAAAUGCCAUUUGGAGGGAUUACAGUUCUCUUAGGCGGUGACUUUCGUCAGAUCCUCCCAGUCAUAAGUUAUGCCUCUUGUGGUGACAUUGUCUCUGCAUGCAUCACGCAAUCAUUGUUGUGGUGUCAUGCCAAAAUUUUUAUCCUUCAUCGCAAUAUGAGACUGAAUCAAGGAAGCACUGCAGAGGAGGUUGAAGAAUUGCGUCAAUUUGCUGAAUGGGUGUUGAAAAUAGGUAAUGGUACUCUCAAACCUCCUCCACAAUCUGAUAUAACCUAUGAAAAAGAUGACAUUGUUUUACCUAUCAACUUUUGUGAUCCUGAUGUACUGAAUUCUGUUGAGAACAUGAUAGAGUGGACUUAUCCAGACUUGAUGGAAAAUUACAUGUCACCUAGCUAUAUAAGUGAAAGAGCUAUACUGACUCCUACUAACCAGGUAGUUGGGCAUUUGAAUUCUCAAAUUGUUGAAAACCUGCGUGGUGAACACCACACCUAUUUUAGUGUGGAUCGAGCUGAAGACUACGGUGGUACUGCAUCUAAUUUGGGGUUUGCUUUUCCACCAGAGUAUUUGAACGCUUUCAACAUUUCUGGACUUCCUGCUCAUGAUUUGAAACUCAAAGUUGGUGCUGCUGUCAUGUUAAUGCGCAAUCUCAAUCAAACUCUUGGGCUAUGUAAUGGUACCAGAAUGGUGGUGACAAAGUGUUUGCGAAAUUGUGUUGAAUGCGAGGUCAUCUGUGGAGCUUUCGUUGGUUCAAGACACUUCAUUCCUAGAAUGGAGUUAUCCCCGACUGAUACCAAACUGCCUUUCAAGCUCAUAAGGAAACAAAUGCCGCUUCAGAUAUGUUAUUCUAUGACUAUCAAGGGCUCUAAUACCAAUCUGUUGGAGUUUUUGAUUAAAUAUUAA